CAUCAACUCUCAAGAUCACAGCAUAAGAGGAUAUCCAGCAAAACUCAUCCAAACUUACUCGAUUACCCUCAACUACCACUCUAACUUUUACUGCAUUCUCUCAAUUCUCUAGGAUUACAACAAUUAUCUUUGUCCAACUUCUUCUCAAUUCCACCUUAUCAAAAUCAGCUUGUCUUCCUUUGCGCCUUAUAAAUCUACGUUUGGACAACUUGUGUUCUUAACUUAACUUCAACUCAGUCGGUUUAUUCUUUUUCUCUUGAUUUGAUCUUUUCUCUUUACUUUUUUCUUUACUCGAUCUCGAUCUGCCUGGCAGUGGCACUCUCCUUGUCUCCUUCGAUUCCCGUUUGCUAUAUAUUUCAUUGCGUCCUCUAGUUUGUCUCCAAAAAGCUUGAUUACCUCUUCCAUCGACUUGUUCCCCAGUCUUGGUAUCGUCUCCUACUGAUUCAUCUUAUCAGUCGAAGCUCUUCAAGAACAGCUGUUUUGAGAUUGACUCAGGGGAGCGCUCGUUGUAAAUUGAAAUUCAACUUCUCAAGAAAAGGAGACUUGUCCUACACCCUGUUUUUUUGAAGAAGACCAAUACUACAACCACUCACAAUGAAACAAGAACAGGCCGAUUUCGACGAUAUCUAUGGCCCUACAGAUGAUGCACCCGAAGAAAACUUAUAUGCUGACCUCCUUCCUGAGGAUGGAGGUAGUGUACGUGAUCCGACUAGUCCCACCAUUUCAACUCACGGCGUUAAGGAAGAGCCUCUCGAUGUGACUAUGAGCUCUGCUAAGGUCUUAACUGGUCCUGGUUCCAAUCAACAGACAUCUAAACCGUCUGAUUCAUCUGCAUCAGACAAUAAGCCGGAUCUCAAGCCGUUAAAGACUUCCCAAAAUAGUGAACAUGGGUUGCCUUUAGCUCCUGCCUCGGCAUCGUUGCCUGCCAAUCCGAUGGCUUCCAACCCUAAGUCUGCAACCAACGCUUCUGGCACACAGACUCAAAACAACUCAGUACCACCCCUGACACCUUUGUCAGGAGAUGUGGUGAUGAAUAAUGCUAAGACUGAACGUGGCCUCUGUGGUCUAUACGUAGCGGAGCUACAAUGGUACACAAGUGACGAAGACUUGCGAAAGAUGGCGGAGGAAUUAGGCGUAAGAAUCGCUCAUCGAGAUAUCACCUUUUCUGAACACAAAGUGAACGGAAAAUCUAAAGGGAUCGCUUAUAUGGAAUUUGCAUCUCAAGCUGAUGCUGAUAAAGUCAAAAGAUGGCUUGAUGUAAACGAAAUUCAUGAUCGAAAGUCGCAAUGCAAUCUCAGCCCUCCCAUGAAUGGGAUGCCCUUUCGCAAUGCGGACAAACAUGGUCUCGGAAACGUUCGAAACACAGAUGAUCGUGAAGUGCGAGGCCGAGGUGGUUAUAACAAUGUGGUGGGUGGUAUGGGACGAGGGCGAGGCGAAGAUACCAGAAGGAAUGGAAGUGCGAUGGGAAUGGGUAUGAACAUGGGAAUGGGUCGAGGUGGUAUCUCCGGUGGACCACCGACAGCUGUUAGUAAUCCUGGGAUGGGUCGCGGUGUGAUGGCUCACAAUGGGCCAAUGGUCAAUUCAGGCGGUGCCAAUGGAAUGAAUGGCAUGGGUGGUGUGAUGAAUGGAAUGAAUGGAAUGGGAGGAAUGGGUAACAUGGGAGGAAUGGGAGGAAUGAUGGGCGGAAUGAAUAACAUGGGAAUGGGUCCGAUGCCAGGUGGAAUGAUGGGUAUGAUGCCAGGUGGUAUGGGUAUGAUGGGCAUGGGCGGUAUGGGCGGUAUGAAUGGUAUGAUGCCUAUGAUGAUGCCGAUGGGCGGUCCAGGUCCUAGACCGAUGGCGCCUGGUGCGGGGGUAGUAGGAGGAGGUAAUGCAAACGGAGGUCACUUCAAUCCCCGCUUCAUGAAUGGCGCUGGCUCUCAUGGUGCAGGAGCUCAAAAUGGGAUGGGCGGGAUGGAUGAUGGUCGUGAGAAGAGGAGGAGAACAGAUUACUGAUCAAACCCACAUCAUAAACUCCCAUCAAAAAUCACAAUUCUAACCCUUUUGUUUUAUCGCCGCUUCUAUCUCUCUCUCUCUCUCUCUCGCUGUCACUCCAUGGGUCAUUGUUCAUUCUAAUCAUUUCCUUACAUUUUUUUGCUUAUUGUUUUUUGAACCUGCUAAGUUUCAUUCCUUGAAGCUAUUGAUUUAUCAAUUAAAACUUUUUUGUAUGUUGUCCUUUUUUGCAAUUCAUCAUUUCUCGCAGCUUGUCUUUUUACACAAUUAUUAUAUAAAUUUAAGAUC